AUGCCGAAGCGAAAGAAAAAAACACAUUCAGCCAAAGCUGAACAAAGAGCUGCCGCUAAGAGUAAACCGACGUCGCGCAAGCAUCGGAACCAUGAACGCGCCCGCGAAAUCCCCCACGACGGAGGUGAUCCCCCUCCGGGUACGCUUGGUCAUUAUUUCUACUCCCUGAACCAAGAACUGCGCGAUGAGAUCUUCGCCUGGCUGCUUGUACGGCCUGUGAGAUGGGAUCGAGAGCACAAGCCGUCCUGUCCCGCAACCAGCAGGUCAUUAACCCACCCAAAGUUCCAGAUGAACCUCAGCAACGUCUCUCCGGGUGUGUGCGCGGAAAUGUACGGGAGUGCCACCGAAUGGCGCCAUCGCGAUGACGAAGAAGACCCUAUCUCUGAGAACAUCUGGCGCAGUCGUUGGGCACCUCCCAAAGGAAAUCCUUACCUAUGUGGUUGGUGCGAACCCGAAUUUCGCCAAAAACCGCAUCCCGUCUCAUACGACAUGCCCUGCGACUGUGCGCGUCGCGACAACUUAGAAACUCUUCUUGUAUGCCGCCGAUGGUAUGAGGAAGCUGGUCGAGUUUUCUACACUCGCAACACCCUAGCUUUCGCAGACGUUCCCGGGAGUAUUGACUUCUUCGAGAACCUACCUGCUCGCUGGAAGCCUUUGAUCAGCAAAGUUAGUCUACAAUAUGGACGUUUUGGACGUAGUUCCAAGAUCAAAUUUGAGGAUCAGGAGAUUCCGAUUAGGGGACGCGGACUUGCGCAUUUGUGGAGGAUAUUAGCAAGCUUACCGGCUCUAAGCGAGUUAGAACUCGACGCGAUCAUGCUGACGCGACUUCCUUGUGUCAAGGUCUUCAACGGACCCAAACUUCAAAACCUACGUCGAAUUACUUUUACGCAGACCGAUCCGAAUUAUAUAAUCGAGGCAUCGCGCCGUUUCGUAUGGCCCGGACGCGCUCUUCGACGCGAGAUAAACGACAGCGAGUUUGCCGAACAGGUUGCCAGGCGGAUCAAAGGCCAGCGUUACGGUUGGAAGAGGGGUGAGAAGCGCGGCGAUGUAGACGCCAAGGCUGUUGAGGAAGAGAAACGGAGGUAUCGCAAGCGCAACAAGGACGUAUAUGUUCCUCUAAAAGACGAGGAGAGUGACGAGGAUGAAAACUAG